AAAGAAAAUAAUUGAAAUUCAAAUAUUGCACUUAAAGUUACAUAAUAAUCAUAUAGGAGAACAAAAGAUCAUGCCCAGGGAACACGGUCGAAGAAAAAUAAUAAAAUAAAAGUCGUUGAUACAGUAGUCAAUGUUGUAGUGGUUAAUCUCAACGUGGAGCCAUGAGAAGGCAACAAGGACGUGAUCAUUGACAACUUGCUACUUUCGUAUACUUGUGCCAAAAUUAUGCACCAUGGUAAAACGGCGAAGAUUCAGCGAGUGGCAUUUAUGAACGUUGGAACAUAAAUAAUAUAAACAAAAUAAUUUUAAAAUAGUUUGAAGAGGUUAAUUCGGCUAUAUCCAAAAUUAAUGACAAGCUGUGUAAUUUAUAUUUAUUUGUAAGAAUGAAGAUUCAGCGAGUGACAUCAAACAUAAAUAAGAAUAAACAGAUUAAUUUAAAAAAAUUAAACUAAAGCUUAAGUCAAGAAGCAAGUUGGUUCUGAAAUGAUGACGUCUGUAAUUUUUUUUAAAAAUAUUUUGAAGAUGUUAAUUCGGCUAUAUAAAAAAUGAAUGAGAAGAGAAGAUGUGUAAUUGAUAUUUAUUUGUAAGAUUGAGUCGUGGCAGUUGCAUAAAGUGCUCCACAUAUAGAGCGAGUCGGUGGGGAAGUAACUUAUUUUAGAAUUCCUCUUUAAUUUUUCAUCCAUCCAAUUUGUUGUGUUAUAUAUAUCUGAGAAAAGGCUCCCAAAAUAAUACUAAUGGAAGAUGAAGGUCAUAGCAAUCCGGCAAAUGGGGUCAUCACAAGCCUUGAGAGCCCUUACUCAAAAACAUGCAACAAAGAACAAGAUCGUUUUCUACCUAUAGCCAAUGUAGGCAGAAUAAUGAAAAAAGCUGUCCCUAGCAAUGGUAAAAUCUCAAAGGAUGCAAAAGAGGCCGUUCAAGAAUGUGUGUCUGAGUUCAUCAGCUUUGUUACUGUUGAAGCCUCUGACAAAUGUCAAAAGGAAAAAAGAAAGACCGUUAAUGGAGAUGAUAUUAUAUGGGCCAUUACUACUUUAGGAUUUGAUGAUUAUGUCGAUCCAUUAAAAUUUUAUCUUCAAAAAUAUAAAGAGAUUGAAGGUGAAAAACUUAAUGUUCCAAAACAACAACGUUCGGAACAAAGGCUACAACAACAAUAUCAUACCCAAGAUCAAAAUAAUGUGCCUCUUUAUGUUGGUGAUGAUCAGCUAUUUUCACUUCCAUUUUCUCCAAAUUCAAUUCAAAAACAACUUCAGCCGCAAGAUCAGAUCGAUUCGGUGGGACAAUGGCAAGAGUAAUAAGACCAAAAUUUUGUGUUUCGGAUUUUUUUUUAUCUUUUCAUUUUUUCAUUAAUGCGUAUAUAUUCAAAUAACCAAUGCAGUUUAUUAUUUAUUUUUUUAGUUUA